AUGUAUACAGACGAUGAUCUUGAAACAAGACUCAAGUCCUUGUUGUUAAAUCAGACGACCACUGGAAACGGGAAUGAUGAAAAUAAUAUAAUUUCCGAAGAGAAUAAUAACGACCAAGAAUCGACCAUGCAAUAUCAUGUUGCAGAAACUCAUCAUCCGGAACAAUUGAAUAUUUCGGCAACGACAACAACCACUUCCGACUUGUUUGUAUUGAUCCAUGGCUUGCAUGGAAGUGCCGAAGAUUUUCAUUACAUUUCUCAACGAUUAAAAUCCAUGUAUGAAAAUAAGGAUGCAAUAAUUAUUGACUGCUCGUGUAAUGAAGGAAAAACUCAUGAUGGUAUUGAAGCACUUGGAAGAAAUGUCAUGUGCGAGGUUUUGCAAGUAUUGUAUGAACGUAAUGUAAAUUUGAGUGUAAAUAAGAAAAUGAAAUUAACGGUUGUUGGUCAUUCGUUGGGAGGUCUUAUUGCUCGAUAUUUGGUGAAAUUGAUGUUAGCAUUUAAUGAAAAUUCAGAAGAGGAUUCCUCAAUUUUUACAGCAGAAGAAAAUGGCGAAAGUGUGAAAUUGCAUUAUCAACAUUUUAAAGAACAUGUUUUGCCUUUUUUGUUACCGUGUUCAUUUGUGACAAUUUCUACACCACACCUUGGUGUGAGAAAACCUGGAAAUGGCUUCUUUAGAGCUGCUUAUCGAUUCGCUGCUCAUACUUUUAUGAGCUUGUUGGGAAAAACCGGAAAGGAAUUGAAAUUAGAAGAUGCCGAUGACAUUGAAAGCUCUUUACUGUUCAGAAUGAGCGUUCCAGGAUCCGACUUUGUUAAUGCUUUAUUGAAAUUUCCAAAUAGAACUCUCAUUGCUGCGUGUCACCUCGAUGGAACAGUUCCAUAUCCUUCAGCUGCCAUUCGAUCCUUCAACCCAUAUGCUCUUUCAAGUUAUGGCGUUCCAUCUUUAAAAAUUGGUGGAAUAUGUCCAACAUUGCUUGCCUCAACUUCACACUUGGAUUUGUUGAAAGAGUUUUUCACAACCUCGUCUGUUGCAAUUGCUUCUACUACUUCCACUACUACGUCAACGGCUUCUACUGAGGACUCAUCCUCUCAAACAUAUAUUGAGACAUUACAAACAUUGUCAUGGAGAGGAACAGAACAUGACCGAUACGACGGAGAAGUGAACGAUGAAACGAGAGAUUUAUAUCGUGAUAAUUUGUAUCUUGUGGAAUACCCAAAGAAAAUGUUACAUAAUUUACAAGAUAUUGGAUGGAGAAGAAUCGAUUUGGAUUUCACAGUGGCUUCCUCCCUUCAAGGAAGAGAAGUUCAUGUCAUUGUUGUCAAUAAGAAGAGACCAAUAAGCUUUGGAGGUUAUGCAGAAGAAUUGGAAGUUUGUGGAAACCGAUGUGUAGAAAUAGUCUCACUACUUUGUCAAUAUGAUGCAGAACACUUUAAAGAAUAG